AUGCCUCAAUUAGAGAAUGAACACUUGAUGCAUGUCAAUCAAAUUGAGCCAACCUCUGAAUACCAAAAAAAUCAUCCAUCUUCUCCAAUCUUGAAAAACUUUGAAGAAUACAAAACAUUAUACAAUGAGUCAAUUGAAAACCCAACAGAAUUUUAUGGUCGUAUUGCCAGAAAGGAAUUGGACUGGAUCAAAGAUUUCGACGUCACCAAAUAUCCAUUGACCGGCUUCAAUACCUCCUGGUUCCUCAAUGGUGAAAUCAACGCCUCCUACAACUGUGUUGAUCGUCAUGCUUUCAAAAAUCCAGACAAACCAGCUAUUGUUUAUGAAGCAGAUGAACCUGGUGAAGGAAGAAUUGUCACCUAUGGUGAAUUAUUAGCUGAAGUCUCUCAAUUAGCUCAAGUCUUGACUGAAUUGGGUGUUAAAAAAGGUGACACCGUUGCCGUCUACUUGCCAAUGAUUCCAGAAGCUAUUGCCACCAUCUUGGCCAUUGUUAGAAUCGGUGCUGUUCACUCUGUUGUCUUUGCUGGUUUCUCCUCUGGUUCUUUAAGAGACCGUAUUAACGAUGCUGAUUCAAGAGUCGUUAUCACCACUGAUGAGUCCAAAAGAGGUGGUAAAUCCAUUGAAACAAAAAAAAUUGUUGACGAAGCCUUAAAAGAAUGUCCAAAUGUCAGAAAUGUCAUUGUCGUUAAGAGAACUGGUAACAAAAGUGUUCCAUUUAUUGAAGGCAGAGAUGUCUGGUACCAUGAAGAAUUACCAAAAUACAAGACCUACACCCCUCCUGUUCCUGUUAACUCUGAAGAUACCUUAUUCUUAUUAUAUACCUCUGGUUCAACUGGUAAACCAAAGGGUAUUCAACACACAACCGCCGGCUAUUUAUUAAAUGCUCUAUUAACCACAAAAUACACCUUUGAUGUCAAUCAACAAGAUGUUUUUUUCACUGCUGGUGACAUUGGUUGGAUUACUGGUCACACCUAUGUUGUUUAUGGUCCAUUAGCAGUUGGUGCCACCACUGUUGUCUUUGAAGGUACUCCUGCUUAUCCAAACUUUUCAAGAUACUGGGAAAUUGUUGAUAAAUAUAAAGUCACCCAAUUUUACGUUGCUCCAACUGCUUUGCGUCUAUUGAAAAGAGCUGGCGACCACUUUAUUGAAAAAUACGACCUAUCAUCAUUAAGAGUCUUGGGUUCCGUCGGUGAACCAAUUGCUGCUGAAGUUUGGGAAUGGUAUUACGAAAAAAUUGGCAGAGGUAGAUGUACCAUCCAAGAUACAUACUGGCAAACCGAAAAUGGUUCUCAUUUAAUUGCCCCAUUAGCUGGUAUUACUCCAAUGAAACCAGGUUCUGCCUCCUUGCCAUUCUUUGGUAUCAACCCAGCUAUUGUUGAUCCAGUUUCUGGCCAAGAAUUAAAAGGCAAUAACGUUGAAGGUGUCUUGUGUAUCAAGGCUUCAUGGCCAUCAAUGACCAGAUCCAUCUGGAAAGAUUACUCCAGAUAUUUGGACACUUACUUUAACCCAUAUCCAGGUUACUUCUUCACUGGUGAUGGUGGUGCUAGAGACUCUGAUGGCUUUUACUGGGUUCUCGGUAGAGUUGAUGAUGUUGUUAACGUUUCAGGUCACCGUCUUUCUACUGCUGAAAUUGAAGCUGCCAUCUUGGAAAAUCCAAACGUCGCUGAAAACGCUGUUGUUGGUUUUGCUGAUGAAUUAACCGGUCAAGCUGUUGCUGCUUUUGUUUCAUUGAAGAGAAAAGAUUUAUCCGAAGACCAGAUUAGUCUUGCCAAGAAAGAAUUAACUCAAACUGUUAGAAAAGAAAUUGGUCCAUUUGCUGCUCCAAAAUUAGUCUUGAUUGUUGAUGACUUGCCAAAAACCAGAUCUGGUAAGAUCAUGAGAAGAAUCUUAAGAAAAGUAUUAGCACAUGAAGAAGACCAAUUAGGUGAUAUAAGUACUUUAUCUAACCCAGAAGCCGUUACUCAAAUCAUUUCAUCUGUUCAAGCUACCAGAAAAUAA